CGCCAUGAAUCAGUUGACUAGUUUAAUUCUCGUUUUACUCGUACAAUAUAGUCAUGGAGCUACGAAUCGUGACACAAUGAUGGAUAUGGUUACUCAAAAGUUAGGAGUUACAUUCUACACAUCUACUGAACUUGGAGUGAUUGCAAAAUGCUGUGAGACACAGUUUUGGAAAACUCCAAACAACAGCACAGCAGUCCUCGCAGAAGGCAAAAAAUGUGUAUUAAAUAACUCAGGAAACAAAGCUGUUCAAGCACUUUCUCUUUACAGCAAUGCCAACAAUUGUCUUAAUCCUGAUUCACUUGAUACAGUUGUCACAAAAUUGAUUGGUCCAAUUGAAACACUCACUGCAGCACUGGUGAAGAAAAUAAAGGCAACCCUUAACGAUUGCAAAAAGACGAAUACACAACCAGCUGCAGCCAAACAGGAGACAUGUCUUCAGAAAACAUAUGGAGUUGCAAAAGCUGCAAUUACACUCACAUACUGUGAUGGGAUAUGUAAGAAGGUUGUGAACCAGCAUGUUAGUGCAAAAUGGUGGGGUUGUGCACUCAAACUGCUCCCUUCUGUGAUGAAUACGAGCAAAUGGAAUUGCUCGAAAAUUGUUAAAUCAUGAUUAUUUUCCCUGAUAUGGGUCAGUCGAAUGAAAUCUUUAAUUAU